AAUCUCAGUCCUCUGAGAACCCUAAUCUAGGGUUAGGGUUUUCAGAUUUCAGAUCCAAUCUAACCAAACCCCCAAAUUAGGGCUAGGGUUUUCAGAUUUCAAAAAAAUGGCGCUUUCAGAGGGGGUGGUGAAGAAGGUCCUCCUUUCUUACGCUUACGUCUCCGUCUGGAUCUUCCUCUCCUUCACCGUCAUCGUCUACAACAAGUACAUCCUCGACCGGAAAAUGUACAACUGGCCGUUUCCCAUCUCCCUCACCAUGAUCCACAUGGCCUUCUGCUCCUCCCUCGCAUUCCUCCUCGUCCGCGUCCUCCGCCUCGUCGACGCCGUCUCCAUGUCCCGCGACCUCUACCUUAAGUCCGUCGUCCCCAUCGGCGCCCUCUACGCCCUCUCCCUCUGGUUCUCCAACUCCGCCUACAUCUUCCUCUCCGUCUCCUUCAUCCAGAUGCUCAAGGCCCUCAUGCCCGUCGCGGUCUACUCCAUCGGCGUCGCCUUCAAAAAGGACGCCUUCAAGAGCGACACCAUGCUCAACAUGGUCUCCAUCUCCGUUGGCGUUGCCAUCGCGGCUUACGGGGAGGCGAAAUUCAACUCAUGGGGAGUCACAUUGCAGCUGUUGGCCGUGGCGUUCGAGGCCACGAGGUUGGUUCUGAUUCAGAUUCUGCUUAAUGCUAAGGGUAUUAGCUUGAAUCCGAUUACUUCACUUUACUAUGUUGCGCCGUGUUGUUUCGUCUUCUUGUGCGUGCCGUGGGUCAUUGUUGAGCUGCCGGUGUUGAGGCAGACCUCGAGUUUUCACUUUGAUUUCGUGAUUUUUGGGACAAAUUCACUGUGCGCAUUUGCGUUGAAUCUGGCGGUGUUUCUGUUAGUGGGAAAGACAUCUGCUUUGACUAUGAAUGUUGCUGGGGUUGUCAAAGAUUGGCUUUUGAUUGCAUUUUCGUGGUCUGUGAUCAAGGAUACCGUGACACCUAUCAAUUUGAUGGGGUACCUGAUUGCGUUUGGCGGUGUUGCGUACUACAAUCAUGCCAAAUUGCAGGGGCUUAAGGCGGCCGAGGCGCAGAGGAAGUCUCAACAGAACAAUGUGGAGGCCGGUAGGUUGUUGGAGGAGAGGGACGGAGAAGGGAACGGAAAGAAGAGUGAGACUAAGGAUUGAUUUUCAAACAGAUAAAUUCAACACUGUGAGUGCGAAAUAUGGAGAUAGCGAAUUAGAUCAAAGAUAAUCGAGGAAGGAAAUGGAAAGCUUGUUACUUGGUCCGAGUUAGCAGCUAUUGUUUGGGGGUAUGUGGUGUUAGAUAAUUGUGUUUUACUUGCUCUUUGUUCUUGGUCAUAUUUUUGUUUUUAUAUCGAAUAGUUCAAUUUAGCUGCGGUCAAUUUCAAUUACCGGGGGGUUUGAUGUUUGAUCAUCGCCGUGCAUUGUGGCAAUUUAUCUUUAUGAGUAGGAAAUUAUAAAUGUUCUCAGACUCGUAAUUAGUUUACAAAGAGAGCUUAAACUCAUUGAGUAAAUCAAUAUUAAUGUGCUUUAUUCUUA